AUGGUUGCCCAGAAGGCAGAAAAGGCCGACGAGCUCAUCGCCACGAUGCGGGAGCUGGCGGCCAACCCUCCCGCGGCAGAAGCUGCUGCAGAAGGCGCUUCAGAAGCCGGGGAUGCAGAAUUUGAAGUCUGCGAAAGACUGGCAGAACUCCUAGAUUUGCCAGAGAGGGUCAGAGAUCAGCUUGCAGACUUCCACUUCGUCGAGGCUGCGCGAGUGGCGCUGGUGGAUGCACCGACUCUGCAGGCCGAGGUCCAGCAGAUACUGGAUGCCUCGCCGUCACCAUUACCUGGCUUUGACAUCCAUGGUCUCAUUGCUCAGCAGGCAGCCUUCUACCGCUCCUUGCCGCGGCAGGUGGCCUCUGGGUGUCUAGAUGCCUUUGACGCUGCAGAGCUUACGCCUACGGGUGCGGCAGAAGCUUUUGUAUCUUGGCUGCAGAGAGACAAUAUGUUGCUCAUCUCCUUCUUGAUGACGCAGCCCAACACGAUGCGCUUUUGCGGCGCUUCGUCGAACGGCGUUCUGCUUCUUGGCUUCAGGGACCCUACUUGUGUAUCGGUUUGA